AUGGUCCACACCAGGCUGGACACGAAUCUGGUGGUCACGAUGAGCUCGGCGGCAGCAGCGGCAGCGGUCGACGAGGACAUGCUGAGGCCGGCUUGGAUGAAGGACCCAUAUUCCGCCCCCGCCGCCAAGAAGAUGCGCAGCGGCGCCGCUGCCAGAGAGGAGGCCAAGCGCGGGGCGGGCGGGUCCAACGCCCUUCAGUACCUGGUGCUGCUGCUCGCCAAGUCGGUGCUCACCGACAGUCGGGCGUUGGCAGACUUGAGCAGCACAGUGCACCACGCGUUCGACGUGGUCGUGGACGGCGAUCUCGUGGUACAGAAGAACGAGCAGGCGGGCCAGGUGGUCGACUUCGACGCCAGGGGCCCGCCCUUCGGGGCGAUCAUCAUGCAGGUGUUCCACGGGGCCGCUACGAUGGAGAAGAAAGACGAGCAGAAGGAGCCGUGGAUGACGACGGUGCUCAAGAUGUGGACCGAGGAGCUGACGAAAAGGUCGGCUCAGAACUUCUCGGUCGAAUGUCGUUUCACGGGCCCUUUGGACUUCGCGUUCUGCGCGCUGCUCGCGUUGUCUCUGUGGGCGGUGCUCUCGCCGUCGGAGGCCGAUGGCUUCCUGAGCGAGUCCUUGCUCGAGCAGUGGGAUGCUUUCUUCGGCCAUGUGCUGGACUUGCGGGCCGCGCCGCUCCGCGCUUUGCGGCGCUGCGUCAAGGGGGCCACCGCGCAGGGCUCCAAGGGCGCCCGGCUGGAGAAGUGGGCCGAAAAGCUGGGCCUACGGCCGCGAGGCGAAGGGUUGUGGGACUUGCCAUCGAUGGGCACCUUCCCGGCCCACGGCGAGUUCGACGGCAUCGUCGCGGGCGAUGUCUACGCCGACGGCAGCCUGCUGCGCGGCAGUUGCGCGGCUCUGCGGCGAGGGGGCUGGUCGUUCGCGCAGUUGACGCCCAGCGUGAGACUGCGUUUCACUUGCUGCGGGCCCCAGCCUGGGGCGCAAUGGCAUCGGGCGAUCUUUCGAAGUGACUUGGAAGCAGUUCGGCGCGUGCUGGAGGUGGCCUGCCCGCCGCUCACCAUCUGGGCCGACUGCCGGAGCAUUCUCGACGGCUUCGCGCGCGGCCCAGCCUGGGCCGAGAGGCCGAGCACGAUGCAUGCUAAGACGUGGAGCCGCCGCUGGGCCCUGCUCGCCGAGAACGGUGACAUCGGCCCGAGGGGGGUCUUGGCCGCGGGUGUGCAGCAGCUGGGCGAGCAGAUUGGCGGCCUGGGUGCGAUCCUCUCCUGCGGGCAGUGGGGCCCUCUGGACGACGGCGACGUGAGCCGCUGCAGCUUCACGGAGACGAGGAGGGACGUCACGGUGCCCGUGGACCGGGCGGAGUCCGUGGCGCCCACCACAAAGCCAGGCGAGACCGUGGCCCCGACCAGCCCGGCGAAUGAGGCGGUCGCAGAGGAGCGCGAAGCGGCCGGCGGCGCCAAAGGCGCGAAGGCUGCGAAGAGCCGCAAGGCGACGCUGACCAUGGAGGCCCUCAAGCAGCACACCGAGGCCCUGGCCAAGGCCGAGGCGGAGGCCAUGCGCGGCACUGUCGGCACGGCGAAGCGGGGGUACUCCAUGAGCGUCCCCGGGAAGAGCAAGGUGGGCGGCAGGAGCGCCACCUUCCACGGCCGCAGCGCCGCGCGGAGCGUCGCCGCCAGCGGCGUCGACACGGUUGCCACCUUCCGCACGCACAAGACCACCAGGGAGUUGCUGGUGGGCGCCAGCGUCAUGCGCGAAAUCAUGCGCAGCGUCUCCCCGAUCUCCGAGCCAGGCGUGCAGCUGGGCAACAAGCGAAGGGCUGCGGACGACUCCGAUGAGGACGAGAGCCCGGCGCGGGCCAAGAAGAGAAAGAAGAAGGACAAGAAGGAGAAGAAGGGCAAGAAGGACCGGGCGCACAGGGAGCUGGGCGCGCAGGCGCUCAAGGACCUCGGCUCUGGACGCCGAGCGGGCCGGGCGAAGAUCGUGCCGCGGCCUCUGUCCCCGUCGCACUUCCCCAUGGCCUCGCCGACGCCGGCCGGCGCAACCUCCACGCAGGGCGCGCCUUCUCGCUGGCAGGGCGAGGCCCCGUCCGCCUCCGAGGACUUCGCCUGGGCGGCCCGGAAGAAGGAGCACAAGCCGAAGUUGAAGCUGAGGGGGCGCAGCGCGGUCCCCUCCGCCUCGGUCGACCGCCGGGAGACGGCGAAGCCCAAGCGGAAGGCCAAGAAGCGAGAGGAGCGGCCGCCGGAGGGAG